AAAAUCGAUGUCGAUGUCGGAGAUUAGCACCAAGCGUUUGCAGUUGCACAAGCAGACGCGCUUAUGCAAAUUCUUCACCAUGGGCGCAUGCACCCGUGGGGAGAAAUGUGCUUUUGCCCAUGGGCCGGAGCAUCUACGCCAACAGCCUGACUUCAGCAAGACCCGGCUCUGUGCCGAGUUCAUGGAGUCGGGCAGCUGUGCCCAGGGCCGCAAAUGUAACUUCGCACAUGGCAAGCGCGAGCUACGCCCAGGCUCUGCCGCCAAGAUUGGUCGACCUGCCAGCGGGACUACCAAGGAGGCGAGCCGAGGGAAAGGAGAGAGGCACAGCAAGGAGCCGGCCAUGGAAAAAGACUUCAAGGCUUCCGAGUUGGAGGGAAACUCCCUUUGGAGUCGUCAAACCACCCUGGAGACCUCGGGAGCGUGGAGUCGUCAAAGCACGCUGGAAGUACCCAGUGUCCACGUGAUGCCACCGGCACCUGCGGCAACGGCGCCUGCGGCUUCAACGGCUGCGGCCACGGUGGUCCCGGUCCCAGCAGCGUCGGAGAAGAGCGGUCCUGGGCUGAAGGUGCCAGGAGAAGACCCGCAUCUACACGAAGUGCUUCAGGUGAAGAAUACGUUCAUCCAGAUAGAUUCACAAGAUCAGAAGGAGAUCAGCCGAAGCCAUUCAGUGCCACAUUUUUGAUGCCCGCGAGCCGGACAAUGUGGGACAAAUGAGCGCCACGUGACAAACUCUGC